UAUGUGGAGGAGGACUUUAUUAAAAAAGUGAGAGAGAGCAGCUGAAAGAGGAGGGCAGAGAGAGAGAGAUGCUGAAAGAGGAGGGCAGAGAGAGAGAUGCUGUUGCCACGGAAGAGUGUGGAUAAAGAAUCAUCCAUCUUUAACAGCUUGUGAGGGAUAAACGUAUAUGAAAACCUAGGGACGUAGGCAGGAAUAAAUGCUCAUAGAAGACAAAACCAACCAGAUCAUACUACCACAGGCUGUGUAUUAUAACUCCAGACGAUCUGAUUCACACAGACAAAAGACGAAGAAGAGAGAGAGAGAAGAAGAAUAUGUGGGAAUCAGGCAGGGAGCACCACAUCUGGUCCACAGGGAGCCAUUCUCUGCCUGCAGCAGUCCCAAACUGGAGCUGAGGUGAACAGGGUUGGAGCGGUGUCACUCAGGGCUGUAGCCUGGACCAGAGCCCCAGGUUGGCACACAUAGCAUGCUACACCUGACCUCACCUGGUCUCAUCGCCUAGCAUUACCUGUGGAUUGUCCUGGGCUUCCCUGACUACAGGGAGGAGGAAGAGGAAGUCACUGCCUUACAGAAGAAGACAACAGAGACAUUCAGAGUCAGCUACAGGAGACAGAGAACUUCCUGUUGAAUUGACCCUAGGGCCCAGGCUGGUCCUGCUCCCUGAUUGGAGGAUGGGAACGGCAGAGGUCGUGUCAGAGGUCACGGCACGCAUGGACAGCAUGGAGGUCAAGGAUGAGUGGCAGGACGAAGACUUCCCCAGGCCUCUACCAGAAGAUGGAGACAUGGAGGACAGGGGGCUCACUGACAACACGACAACUCCCCCUAACACCCUGAACGUUGGUGUUUGGGGUGAGUCGUCGGCCCUGCAUAAGCGCCGUACGCUGGUAGCUCCGGACAUGAACAUGUCAUUGGACCAGAGCGAAGGUUCCGUCCUGUCAGAUGACUUCUUAGGUAACCCUGACGACCUGGAUGUCAACGUGGACGACAUGGACACGCCCGAUGACAACGACUCCUUGGAGUUUAUCACCAACGGCAACGACCUGGAGUGGGAAGACGACACUCCUAUAGUGAGUUCCAAGGGUCUGCCUGGAGGCCAGACAGAGGAGGAGGAGGAGGCAGGCAGACUGUGGAGGACAGUGAUAAUAGGAGAUCAGGAACAGAGGAUAGACAUGGCUGUCAUCAGACCAUACCUGAGGGUGGUCACACAUGGAGGUUACUACGGUGAGGGUCUGAAUGCCAUCAUAGUGUUUGCGGCGUGUUACCUGCCAGAGAGCAGCUGUGAGGACUACACUUACAUCAUGGAGAACCUCUUCCUCUAUGUGAUCAGUAGCCUGGAGUUGUUAGUGGCUGAGGACUACAUGAUUAUCUAUCUGAACGGAGCAACGCCUCGCAGGAGGAUGCCUGGUAUCAGCUGGCUAAAGAGGUGCUACCACACCAUCAACAGGAGGUUGAAGAAGAAUCUGAAGUGGCUGGUCAUUGCUCACCCAUCCUGGUUCAUCCGUACAAUCCUGGCCAUCUCCAGACCCUUCAUCAGUGUGAAGUUCCUGGAUAAGAUCCGCUAUGUUCACACAUUGGAUGAGUUGAGCCAGCUGAUUCCUAUGGACCACAUACAGAUCCCAGAAUGUGUCCUGCAAUGUGAUGACCAGAAGAUGAUAGCACAAAAGGAAAGGCAGGAGAUGGAGCAUACCAAGUCUGCACCCCCCGCGGAAAGGUAAAACAAGAAUCCACAACCCUGCUGAUGAUUCAUGAGGAUACUGUCUAUCAAUAUAGGGUAAAAGACUUCUUGGCUGAAGAUAAAGGACUGAUGGAGAAAUGAUGAGGACUGGUGUGUGGGUGAAGAAGGCUCCUGACGUUACAUCAACAUCAUCCUACCUUAUCUUACUUUCCACACAGCAGAUACCCUGGUCUGUCUGUGCCAUGGAAUAAACCUUCCCUGGCACAUACCCUGACCUCUUUCCGAUUGGAAUAAACCUACCCUGGCAGAUUGCCUGACUUCUGUCCCAUGGAAUAAACCUACCCUGGCAGAUUGCCUGACCUCUUUCCGAUUGGAAUAAACCUACCCUGGCAGAUUGCCUGACUUCUGUCCCAUGGAAUAAACCUACCCUGGCAGAUUGCCUGACUUCUGUCCCAUGGAAUAAACCUACCCUGGCAGAUAGCCUGACCUCUGUCCCAUGGAAUAAACCUACCCUGGCACAUAGCCUGACCUCUGUCCCAUGGAAUAAACCUACCCUGGCACAUAGCCUGACCUCUGUCCCAUGGAAUAAACCUACCCUGGCACAUAGCCUGACCUCUUUCCGAUUGGAAUAAACCUACCCUGGCACAUAGCCUGACCUCUGUCCGAUUGGAAUAAACCUACCCUGGCACAUAGCCUGACCUCUUUCCGAUUGGAAUAAACCUACCCUGGCAGAUUGCCUGACCUCUGUCCCAUGGAAUAAACCUACCCUGGCACAUAGCCUGACCUCUGUCCCAUGGAAUAAACCUACCCUGGCACAUAGCCUGACCUCUGUCCCAUGGAAUAAACCUACCCUGGCACAUAGCCUGACCUCUUUCCGAUUGGAAUAAACCUACCCUGGCACAUAGCCUGACCUCUGUCCGAUUGGAAUAAACCUACCCUGGCAGAUUGCCUGACCUCUGUCCCAUGGAAUAAACCUACCCUGGCAGAUAGCCUCGCUUCCAUUUACCAUUUCUCCUUGCAUGAAUCAAUCAGCUGUGAUCUAGCCUGCUGCAUGAUGAACAUGCAUUGGGCUGAUGCAAGAUGGCUGGAUGAACUCUGUUAAAUGUGUUUAUUUCCUUCGAAGGGACAAGAACAGGCUUUGGUUGGUACAAGCCAGAUGUACAUAGUUGUAAUAACAUUGUAAUAAUGUAAUGUAUUAACGUUGCUGUAAUACAAGUAUGAAGGUAUAUGUGUGCAACAAGCAAUAAUGUUUGAUAUAAAUGUUUUGGUUAUCUUUUUCUCUUCAAUGUAUAAAUGCUAUUGUUUUUAAAUAAUGUGCAAUAUAAGCAGUUCCUCUUCUGAACUGACCAAAUUAAUUCAGAGGUUGUUACUACUGUAACGAAUGAAAUAUGUUUUAGUUUUCUCUAUUGCUCCUUUGUGUGUUGUGUUUUCUGAAGGUUACUAGACAGAUGGUAUGCUGGUUAAAAUGUUCUUCCUCGUCAUCUGGGAUAUUUUUAAAAAAACUAGCCUCGGUAAAAAACUAUCCUGGGUACCAGUCGGUUUCUGUUAUCAUUUCACGCCUCGCCACUUCUUGUCAUGCCAUGUUUUGGGGAGGCAGGGUAGCCUAGUGGUUAGAGCGUUGGACUAGUAACCGGAAGGUUGCAAGUUCAAAACCCCCGAGCUGACAAGGUACAAAUCUGUCAUUCUGCCACUGAACAGGCAGUUAACCCACUGUUCCUAGGCUGUCAUUGAAAAUAAGAAUUUGUUCUUAACUGACUUGCCUAGUUAAAUAAAGGUCAAAUGUUUGGAGUGGCAAGGAAUGGAAUGAUAGUACAGACUGAUAGGCACAGGACAGAUCAAAACAUUACUGAUGAUCUUAGUUUCCUGGUUUAUUGAUGAUCUGUCUCAAUUCCUCUAUUUCCAUGUAGAGAUCUUACUUUACAUUUAUCUGUUGUUACACCUAUGAUGCAAUGCAUUUAAAUAACCUAAUUAACUCUUUAUUAAAUUAUGUGAACUUAUAUAUAUUAGUGUGUGCUGUUCAUUGUUUGUAAUACAAUUUUGUUGGAAAAAUCCAAUCAAGAUACUCCAGUUCUUGCUAUCGAACAGCCUCUCCAUAUUAUUUACCCUAUUAAAGUGUGAUUGUUA